AUGCCUCCGAAACAAAUUUCAUCAACGACAUACGACAACGAUAAGCGAGAGAGUGUUACGGUCAUUAAAAGUAGAAAAAAUAGACGUGUCAGUUUUGGAGCAGCAAAAGUUACAGAAGAAACUGAGAUCCAAGCACAAGUUCAUGUACCCGAAGAAGGGUGCUGGGGCUGGGUGGUCGUUGCAGCCGCAUUUUGUGUAACAUUUAUUAUGGAUGGCAUAGCAUUAACAUUUGGAAGUAUACGUCCAGAUAUGACCUUAGACCUCAAUGUUUCUGAAACAAUGACAGCUUUAAUCAACUCGAUUGCUCUGGCUUUAUAUUUAAUAGCAGGGCCCUUAGUUUCUGCUUUAGUAAAUCGAUUUGGAUUUAGAGCUUGUUGCAUGGCAGGCUCGGUAACAUGUUCUCUCUCUUUAUUUUUCUCUUAUUUUUUAGCCAACGUCGGUGGGCUUAUUCUGUUUUAUGGAUUUUUAUGUGGUAUCGGAUUUGCUCUAAUUAAUAUGUCUACAGGACUUGUAGUGGGCUUUUAUUUCGAAAAAAGACGUUCUAUAGCAAUAGGAAUAGCUACACUUGGUACUAGUGUUGGGGUCAUGCUUUGGUAUCCAAUAAACUCAAAUUUAGUGAAAUUAUCCGGUUGGCGCUCAGUGACCUUAUUCCAUUCGGGAAUGUUUGGGAUAAUUUAUUUUCUUGCUAUGACUUUUCGUCCUUUACUCUCGUUACAUGUAGUUAAAACCGAAGUUACAGAAGAGCCAACUCGUACAGUUACGUAUUUGCCGAAUGUUGCAGCUGCUUCAUCUCAAGCAGAUCAACCUGACACCGCUAAACCAUCGGGAUCAGAACGUCUAUUCGCUGCAGUGAAGAACGAUCAGUUUCCCACAGCAGCUGAUGUGGUGGAAAAUGAUGAAGAACCUCAAAUUCUAUCAAGUCAGCCAGGGCCUUCAGCUGAAUCUCCACAUGCCUCUAAACUGACGCUCACUGUAAUGACGCCAAAAAGUGGUAUCAGUAACCGUCAAUUACAACAAGUAAAAUCUAUAAUAUCUAAAACUAAUAGCAUGAUGGACGUCACCAAACAGAAAGUGCAAGUUAAUGUCCCAGAAAAAGAACCCAAAAAGGUGAGUUGUUGGGGACGACUCUGUAAUUGGGAGCGACAUGUGCCCGAGUCACGACCGAUGUACCGGGAUGACGCAUUUUAUGACGGAAAAGUGGAACGUUUGCCUGAAUACCAAAGAAGAAAGGGCGCAGUUGUUGCUGAAGAAGGAACUGGCCUUGAGUACCAGCUAACAGUGUCCCGUACGGCCGCUGCACACGAUUUACAAGAGCGUCGCGGCGUAUUCACUACAGCAGUUCGGAGAGUUCUUGCUACAAUGAUGGACCCCAAAUUAUUAAAAUUAAGUACCUUUAGAUACUUUUGUGCUGCGGGUUUCCUAGUUUACUUAGGUUUCUUAGUACCUGUCGCAUAUAUACAAGUCAGAAACUUACAGGCUGGUGUUGACCCAAGGCAUUGUAGCUUAUUUGUAAGUGCAAUAGGAGGAUUUAAUGGUCUAGGCAGAUUGGGUUUUGGUUUAUUAGCUAUAAAAUUUUGUCCUAUAAAAUUAUCUGUAGCUGGAUUGUGUACUGGCGGUGCGAUUACCAUGCUGUCGCAUGUUUCAUUCAAUAUGUAUUUUCAGUAUAUCUAUUGCAGUUUAUUCGGCUUCAGUGUAGCUUGUGUGAUUAGCUGUAGGGCUUUGAUGCUUGUCAAGCUUUAUGGACUAGAGAAGUUAACAAAUGCAACAGGAAUGUUAUUAUUAUUUCAAGGAAUAGGGAGUUUAAUCAGCACACCAUUAGCAGGUAUUUUGAGCGAGCACUUUGGAUACACGGUUGCUUUUAUUGUAUCCGGGGCGUCCCUAUUUUUAGGUGGUCUAGUGUUGGCACGAAUGUAUGUAAUAUUUUUGAAAGAAAAACUUUUGGUCUCCCCAUCUCCAUCUGAAGGGUCCAAUCAGCCAGUAAAUAGCAAAAAGUAA